GAUGAACUUAUGGAUGACCUUCCUUUUGUUGAAUUAUGUGACAUUUAUCUUCGCAGAGGAUGAUAUUAUCGUUCAACUCUGGAAGAAAAAAGGGAAAAUUCGUGGUCAUGUGCUAAAAAGUGGAAAGGGAAAAGACUACUAUGCUUUUCACGAAAUUCCAUACGCAGUACCGCCUAUUGGUCAUAACAGAUUCAAGGAACCCAUAGAAGCUGAGGAUUGGAAUGGAAUAUUAAACACUACUGUUAAUAAAAAAGUUUGUAUGCAGAACAAUGACAUAGCUUACACUAAGAUACCCGAUUCCAUGGAAAUGUCCGAAGACUGUCUUUUUUUAAAUGUUUAUACUCCAGUGAGACCCAACAAUACAGGAAAUGUUCUUUUACCUGUACUAUUUUGGAUACACGCUGGUGGGUAUUUCUAUGGUUCUGGAGCAUAUCAGUAUUGGGAUCCUAAAUUUUUCAUUGAUGCUGGCAUAAUUGUAGUGACAAUGAAUUAUCGUUUUGGUCCCUUUGGAUUUCUUACAACGGCAGAUGAUGUAAUACCUGCUAACUUAGGACUGAAAGAUACAGUUCUGGCAUAUGAAUGGGUUCUUCGGAAUAUUCACUUGUUUGGUGGAGACAUCAAAAGGAUUACUAUUGCAGGAGAGAGUGCUGGUGGAUUUUCUGUUGGAUUUUUACAACUCAGCAGAAAACUUCGAGGGAAAGCAAGUGCAUUCAUUAUGGAGAGCGGUUCGCCUUUGUCGCCGGUGGCUAUACAAGAAGACCCGAGAUAUCUUGCUUUCUUAAUGGGAAAGGCUUUGGAUCCAACUUUCAACUCGACUAAUUCAAAAGAUUUGCUGAAUGUACUACGGCAAGCUUCCGCCUUAGAUAUCUUGAUGGCUAAUGUUCGAAAUGAGAGAUAUCCUAUGGAUCUAGAUGCUAGAAAUAUCAUUUGGGUACCCGCAAUUGAAAAUGCAGAUAACCCCAAUGCUGUUGUAACAUCACCCAUGCACGAAGCACUAAUGAGCGGAGACUUCACCCAGGCACCAUUAUUGACUGGUUUUUGUACUGAAGAAUACAGAUUUUUCAUUAGAAAUCUUAACAUCGAACAAAUCCAAACUAAAGGAGAGAGCUUUGAUAGAAAUGCAAGCUAUAUUAUGCAUCCAAAUCUACAUGUGUCUAAAAGUGAUUUGAAGACGGCUGCCUCGAAAUAUAGAUCUAUUUAUACGAAUGGAACAUUUGAGAGUAAUCCUGGUGCUUUCGUGAAGUAUUUGAGUGGUGAUAUAUUUAUCAUCUCGGGAAUUCGUCAUGCUGAACUGGCUUCAAAGUUUUCCCCAGUUUUUCUAUACCAGUUUUCAUACCUAGGCGAAAUGGAUGGAUUAUCAUUUUUACCCAACGUGACAGGUUCAGAUCCAGUUGCACAUACCGCUGAAUUGAAAUAUCUUUUUGGAGGAGUAGAGGGAUUUGCAGGAGAACCUGAAGAUUACUCUCAAUCUGAUCAGCUGACGAUGAAAAGAAUGCUGGCAUUAUGGACUAACUUCAUCAAAUAUCA